GAAGUGAGUCAUCAGCCAUCGGUGUGACCGGCAAAACUAGAUAGAGCGAGCUAGCAGAAGUGAAGUUGGUCGCCAAAAAAAAAAAAAAAAAAAAAAAAAAAAAAAAAAAAAAAAAAACCUACAAACUACAAGUCGCUCCUGUGAGUCAUUUGUACGGGCAAAACGGGACUAAGCUGCGCGAGUACUGAGUUCAUUACAGAAAGUAGGUGCACAAGAGACAUUUUCAUUUCAGUUGAUUCUUUUAGAACAAUUUAAGUGUUAUUCACUAGCUUUGCAACGGGAAACAUCUUUAAUCAAAACCUAUUUAUUGGACUAAAUGAACACUUGCAAGGGUGUUCUCUGGUUAUAAAAUAUAAUUUAAGUCGUUCCUAGGACCCGGAUUUGAUAGACCUGUUUGUCCAUAUAUAAUUAUUUGGAUAUUAACCUAAUUUUAAUUAACCUUAGCUCACGCUAAGGAGAUCAACUGUGGCUUUGCUUGGAAGUGCUUUUCCCCAAAGAAGACACUCUAAACGUGUCGGACCUCACUACCAACCUCUGAAAUUUCCCUUUUUCCCUGGAUCAUGUACCAGGACUACUCCGGGAACUACGACACGUCGUCCCGCGGCAGUAGCGCUUCCCCGGCACAACCGGAGUCGUUCACAAGUGGGAGCAGUACAAUCGGCAGUCCGAUCUCUGCCUCAAGCUAUCAGAAGUACAGAGUCGAUAUGCCCGGUUCCAGCAGUGCCUUCAUCCCCACCAUUAACGCCAUAACCACCAGCCAGGACCUGCAGUGGAUGGUGCAACCCACAGUCAUUACCUCCAUGUCUAACCCAUACUCACGCUCGCACCCAUACGGCCUGUCCGUGUCGAGUGGCCCCAACCUCAUGGGCCACACCACCCUAGCGCGGCCUGGGGUCAUCCGCUCGAUCGGCGAUGCUCGUGGGCGGCGCAAAAGAGAUGAGCAGCUGACGCCAGAGGAAGAGGAGAAGAGGAGAGUGAGGCGAGAGAGGAACAAGUUGGCCGCUGCCAAGUGCCGUAACCGCAGAAGAGAGCUGACCGAGAUGCUGCAAGGAGAGACAGAGAAGCUGGAGGAGGAAAAGGCCGACCUGCAGAAAGAGAUCGAGACCCUGCAGAAAGAGAAAGACAAGCUGGAAUUCAUGCUGGUAGCCCACAACCCUAUGUGCAAACUGCCCCCGGAGGAGCGUCACCAGGGCUCUCUGCCUGAGCAGUGUGCCCCGCUCCCCCUCACCAUGCGCUCGGCCCUGGGACCACGGGCCCCGCUCAACGCCCUCAAUCCGGUCGUGGUGAAGCAGGAGCCCUUGGAGGAUGAUGAGGGUGGCAACCAGGGCAAGGGUCAGCACUCCGUAAUCAAGCCCAUCUGCCUCGGCCCCGGCAUGUACUGCUCGGAUGGUGACAGCCUCAACACACCCGUGGUUGCCGCCUCAACACCCGUGUCCACCCCCAGCAACCCCAGCCUCAUCUUCACCUAUCCCAGCAUGCUGGAGCCAGAGAGCCCCUCACCUUCUUCGGAGUCGUGCUCCAAGGCCCACCGGCGGAGCAGUAGCAGCGGGGACCAGUCAUCAGACUCCCUGAACUCCCCCACCCUGCUGGCUCUCUGAGACCCAGCCCAGCGGCAUGCCUUCUUGUCACAAAAUCCCCCAGAGCGUGGCUGGCUGGGACUGACCCAGGACCUCAUCUCUACAAAGCCGAGAACCCUCAAGGGCUAAUGUGCUCGUUUUAUUUAAACGUUUCAGAAGGGAGUUUUCUUUCUCUCUCUCUCUCUUUUUUUUUUUUUUUGUUGUUGUUUUUGUUUGUGUUGUUCAAGUGGAAAUUUUCAAUCGCCAUUUCAACUACAAAAAGAACAACAUGCUUGGACUGAAAACCUAAGAAUCAAGAGAUAUUUCAGCCAUGCUCACAGCAUUACACAGUGAGCACUCAAUAAAACCAUUUGACAGCAGUUCUGAAAACCGUUUCCGGCUUACUAACUAAUGAUUUGGACAGUACAAGGAAUUAGGGCUAUAUGGGAAGUCACAUCCUUGUUUGGUACUGGGAGUCUGGAAUCAGAAAACUACAAAGUUAGGUGGAUGUGCUCAAAGCCAGCUUAACAUUUACAUUAACCGCCUCUUGUAUUUAUGACCUGUGUGAAAAUUGUCCAAUUGUAUAUUGUGUCCUGCUGUUUAAAAUCAUGUCAAGGGUUCACUGGUUGAGCCUGAAAAUUCCUCAGUGUCUCAAAGAAAGAAGAAACAAACAUGUAUUAUUAAAGGCUGACCUCUUUAACUUUACCUAUACCUGGCACAAAAACCAUGUUGCAAACUUCUACAUUAUUUUUUGCUAUGUUUAUUAAAGAACACACUUCAUUGAAUUUAUUGUCAGGGAUUUUUGUCUGUGUGAAUGAGCCACACAAGCAUUAGUAAAAGCAAUUGCACACAUCGCAUCAAUCUUGUCACAACACAGGUGAGAUACCUGAGGAUCCUCUAGCCAUAUUAGGUUCAGCCGCCAACCCUUUACAUGGCUAUACUGCUUUUUCUUGGGCAGACACUGUGGUAUUAAAAUGGAAACGAUGAUGACUAUGUACAACUUUUAUAAUAUACUUUUAUGGCUUGAUCAAUAGAUGUCCUUUUUUCAGACUUGUAGAGUUUGAACUGAAACGUCGCCAAGCCAAAUGGGCACUUCUCCCUCCAACACUGGCUGAGCCUUGACUGCCAGACACGAGACCAGCUGCACUUUCUUACUGAACUCUGAUUAAGUCGCUUGGCAUUCCUCUUACUGUUGAACGUGCAGGCUGAAAGCCUAUGAGGAAUCACAAAGUGAUAUUGAGACACUUGUGAAUGAUUAAGAGGGCCUAUUGUGAAGAAAGGAUCACAGUUGCAAUAUUUCUGAAUGAACUGUUUACUUCAAACAUUCCUUUGGGAUACGGACGGGAUAGCGCGGAGAACUCUGUUGUCUUUGCCAUGUCGUGAGCCUGAAGUUCAGCUUUGUUGUGCUGGAUGCAGCAAAUGAGAAAGGAAUAACGCUGCUUCUAUUUGAAGAUUUGAAGGAAUAUUCGUUGUCACUUAUUUCUGUCAGGAAUUUUCAUAUCUGCUAAGGAGCUGUAAAAGAAAUGCGAUGUAUGUUUAGAAUGAGAGAAAGAUUUAA